UACUACUGCACUGUCUCUGGCGUGAUGAAAUCUCACACUUUACAAUUAUAAAAAUCUGCAAUCUUAGUACGUUUUAGUCGGUAUGUAUUUAUAAAUUUAUGUUCUGGAACAAGAGAACCAUCUCAUCAAGCAGAUCCUCACCUUCUCUCCGAGAGGAUCAGAGGCAGUUUUUGCUUUUGCCUGUAGAUCUGGUCUACUAGGAACAUUGAAAUUUGUUUAAGGAAACGCUAUUUCGAUAAUGGGAAUUGUGUUUACUCGGCUUUUCUCGUCGCUGUUCGGCAACAAGGAAGCUCGGAUCCUCGUUCUCGGAUUGGACAAUGCUGGAAAGACCACAAUUCUAUAUCGGCUUCAGAUGGGUGAAGUCGUUUCCACUAUUCCAACAAUUGGAUUUAAUGUUGAAACAUUGCAGUACAAGAAUAUAAAGUUUCAAGUUUGGGAUCUAGGGGGGCAGACUAGUAUCAGGCCCUACUGGAGAUGCUAUUUUCCGAAUACUCAGGCUAUAAUUUAUGUUGUUGAUUCAAGUGACACCGAUAGGCUUGUUAUUGCUAAAGAGGAGUUUCAUGCCAUACUGGAGGAGGAUGAGUUAAAAGGUGCUGUUGUUCUCAUAUACGCUAACAAGCAGGAUCUUCCUGGUGCACUUGAUGAUGCUGCAGUGACUGAGUCCUUGGAGUUGCAUAAGAUUAAGAAUCGACAAUGGGCAAUUUUUAAGACGUCAGCCAUCAAAGGAGAGGGGCUUUUUGAAGGCUUGGACUGGUUGAGUAACACCCUCAAGACUGGAGGAGGUAGCUAAAUCUUGUCUUAUGAGCCAAUGCAUUUGAGAUGCACACAAGAGUCAUGAGACAGAAUUACAAAUCAUGAUAGAUAAAUGCCUUCUGCAAUUGUUUAUGGUGUUAUUAUAGCUAUGGAGGUGAAGUGUAAUUGUUUAUGAUGUACACUUAAAAGAGAUUGUUGGCUUUCAUCUUUGAUUCUAUACUUUUUUGGUCGAAAUUCCAUUGAUGAACAUAGUUUAGAUGGAUUAAUAUUUUCUUUUUCUUGUUUAUAGACAAAACAGAAGACUUAUCUAUGUCAUUAAAGUAGUUGGUUAUUU